AUGGGCGCAGGAGCGAUCCUCACUGCAAUAUGUCCGCCAGACACUAAGGGCUGGGCAGGUGGCUCCCAAACAACGGCAUCAGGGGAUGAUAAAACCAAAGAGGCGACAUGUGGCAACUUCAACUCUGAAGCGAAUACCGGGGUGUGCUUCAUCGAUCCCUCGAAAAGUGGCAAUUAUGGCGACGGCAUGACGAUUUCGCAAAAGGGCUGCGAGGUGCAGGCAUCAGGGUCGUCUGGCAAACUGACCGUGCACAUUGUUUGCUUGAAGACGAACGACGUCGGGGAGACAACUCCCACUUACGCGGGUCUCGGAGUCCUUGCGAAGAAAGUGCCUCCUAGUGACUGGUCAACCAGCGAGCUCAACAUCACGCAGCUCCCCGAAAUCAAUCCCGACCUCACUGGAAACGAUCUUGAGGACAGAGUGGUGCCAAUCUUGUGCGCGUGCAGAUCUGCUUGGACAGUGGCCUCUGAAUGUGAGGGCAAAGCCACGUGGUACCCGACGGUGAACUCAAACAAGCUCCUUGAGUGCCGACUGCCCUCCCGCAGGCGCCGGAUCCCAAACCGGCGCAGAGGAGAGGCACAGCUUUCGGCCCUCAUGGUGCAGUACCGAUUUUACGAUGUCAUCCCUCCUGGCUGGUAG